CACCCCCCCAAAAUAAAAAUAAAAAUAAAAAUAAAAAUCCCCUCCCUCUUUAAAAUCUCCAUCAAGCAGUCAAGCCCUAAUUUCCCCUCAAUUUCUCUCAAUUUCCAUCACUUUCUCAGGAGAAUCAAAUCGAAUUCUACGAUGAGACCACCGAAGAGACCGAUCCAAAUGGUAACAACAUGGGUGCGACGACAGCCUCCGAAGGUCAAGGCGUUUUUGGCGGUGGUGGCGGGGAUGACAGCGCUGGUGCUUCUCCGAUUCAUCGUACACGAUCACGAUAACCUCUUUGUUGCUGCUGAGGCUGUUCACUCCAUUGGAAUCUCUGUGCUUAUUUAUAAGUUAAUGAAAGAGAAGACUUGUGCUGGGCUAUCACUGAAAACUCAGGAGCUGACAGCCAUGUUCUUAGCUGUGAGGCUGUACUGCAGCUUUGUAAUGGAAUAUGAUAUUCAUACCGUACUGGACUUGGCAACGUUGGCUACAACCCUGUGGGUUAUUUAUACGAUCCGUUUUAAACUGAAGUCGAGUUACAUGGAGGAUAAAGACAACUUUGCAUUAUAUUAUGUGGCGGCACCUUGUGCUGUUUUAGCUUUGCUUAUUCAUCCAUCAACAUCUCACAAUCUACUGAACCGGAUCCUCUGGGCAUUCUGUGUAUACCUUGAAGCUGUUUCUGUACUUCCUCAGUUGCGUGUCAUGCAGAACACCAAGAUUGUUGAGCCAUUCACUGCUCAUUAUGUAUUUGCAUUGGGUGUUGCAAGGUUCUUGAGCUGUGCCCAUUGGGUCCUCCAGGUUUUAGAUACUCGUGGACACUUAUUAGUAGCCUUGGGGUACGGAUUAUGGCCUUCUAUGGUUCUUAUCUCAGAAAUUGUCCAGACUUUCAUCUUAGCAGAUUUCUGUUAUUAUUAUGUGAAAAGUGUAUUUGGAGGACAGCUUGUGCUUCGUCUUCCCUCUGGAGUGGUGUAAUUGAAGCCGUCUUCUGGUGUAGUCUAUGAGCAACAUUGCUGCCUGAAAUUGACUUGGGCAAUGCUGUUGAGAUCUGUUUUGUUCUCCAGUUAAGUUUCUCUUUCAAAUUAUGACCGGAGAAAAGUGGGUUUACUUGUAAAGUUGGGGAUGCAGAAACUUGGUUGGAAUUUUGUACUUGACACAUAAUUAAUUGAUGGUUAACUUAAUUAA